GGCCUCCCGCCCGUUGCUCAUCCAGUCUCAGCUCCAGCCAGCCAGUCAGUCGUGUGCUGGCCACUACCGCAGAGCAUACAUUCGUCUAUCCAACACAAUCGCACAUGCCAUAACCACCCGACAGCAACCAUUUCCCUACUCAACGGCUCUUUUUCUUGCCUCUAUCGUGUUUCACACUGCCGUCAAACGACACGCAGGCGAACAGACAUCAGCGAAUUUUUUGUUUGAACGGGAGCCACGGUGAAGAUUCCAAAACGUUGACUGCAAGGGACUGGAAAAUCAAACAGCCAUCUACCUGAAUACAUAUUGGAAGGGUUUUCCGGUUUACUGAUAUCUACACAGAAGUACUAAAGAUUCUGGUAAAUUGGAGAAGUUGUCAAAUCAUAUUAUUACGGUGCUAUUGCAGUGAGGCUGCUCUCAGGUCAGGACAAACCCGUAACCAUGGAUAUGGAUGAGGAGGAGAAUAUGAGUUCGAGCAGCACUGACGUUAAGGAAAACCGAAACCUGGACAACGUGUCCUGCAAAGAAGGGGUGGGUGUGGCCGAGCAACUCCCCAAUGGAAGCGGCUUGGGCGGUCGAAAGCGGCCCCUGGAAGAAGGAAACAAUGGUCACGCUCACUCCAAGUUCCGAGCCAAGAAGCGCAAGAAAACACCAGGACCGAUCCUGCCCAAGAAUGCCCUGAUGCAGCUCAAUGAAAUCAAACCGGGUCUUCAGUAUAAACUGCUGUCCCAGACAGGGCCCGUCCACGCACCAGUUUUUGUCAUGACCGUUGAGGUCAACGGACAAACAUUUGAGGGUAUGGGUCCGACCAAGAAGAAAGCCAAACUGAACGCGGCCGAGAAAGCUCUGCGAUCCUUUGUCCAGUUCCCCAACGCGUCUGAGGCACACCUGGCCAUGGGUCGAACACUGACAGUCAACACAGACUUUACUUCCGACCAAGCUGAUUUCCCAGACAUGCUGUUCAACGGUUUUGAGACACCAGCCAUACCCGAAGAGUCCUUCUAUGUCGGUUCCAACGGUAGCAGCACUUUAAACUCUCUAGGGGAGUAUCCACUCCCCACAGCACCUGGCAGCAACCUUGUCCAGGCGCCACUGCCGCCUCCUUCUGCAUUCAGCUCCCCCUCCAGUGGCAAAAACCCUGUCAUGAUUCUCAAUGAACUCAGGCCAGGCCUCAAAUAUGACUUUGUGUCAGAGAGCGGGGAGAGUCACGCCAAGAAUUUCGUGAUGUCGGUGACUGUGGACUCACAGACAUUUGAAGGCUCGGGGCGCAACAAGAAACUAGCUAAGGCUCGGGCGGCACAGGCCGCUCUCACGGCUCUUUUCAACAUGCAACUAGACCAGACACCGUCCAGGCAGCCCAUACCCAGAGAGGGAUUACAGCUCCACCUCCCGCAGGUUCUCGCCGAUGCCGUCUCUCGACUGGUGGUGGAUAAAUUCAGCGAACUGACAGACAACUUCACAUCCCCCCACGCGCGGCGGAAAGUCCUGGCAGGAGUCGUCAUGACAACAGGAACGGAUGUCAAGGAAGCGCAGGUGAUUUGUGUUGCAACGGGAACCAAAUGCAUCAACGGCGAGUACAUGAGCGACCGCGGCCUGGCCCUAAACGACUGCCACGCUGAAAUUAUCGCCCGUCGCUCCCUCAUGAGAUACCUUUACAUCCAGCUGGAGUUCUUCCUCAGCAGCAGCAAAGAAGAGCAUCAGAAGUCCAUUUUCAUGCAUUGUGAAAAAGGAGGCUUCAAGUUAAAGGACAACAUUCAGUUCCACCUCUACAUCAGCACGUCUCCUUGCGGAGAUGCCAGAAUUUUCUCCCCGCACGAGGCCGGCGUAGAAGACCAGGGAGACAGACAUCCCAACCGGAAAGCCAGGGGGCAACUUCGGACCAAGAUAGAGUCCGGAGAGGGAACCAUACCCGUCAGGUCCAGUAACACCAUUCAAACAUGGGACGGCGUUCUUCAGGGGGAAAGGUUACUCACCAUGUCAUGCAGCGACAAGAUCGCCAGGUGGAACGUGGUGGGAAUCCAAGGCUCCCUGAUGAGCUACUUUAGCGAGCCCAUCUACUUCUCCAGCAUCAUCCUGGGAAGCCUCUACCACGCCGACCACCUCUCCAGAGCCAUGUAUCAGCGCAUCGCCGAUAUUGAGGACCUCCCACAGCAAUUUACGCUCAACAGACCCCUCCUCAGCGGUAUAAGCAAUGCCGAGGCCAGGCAGCCGGGCAAAGCGCCCAACUUUAGUGUAAACUGGACGGUGGGCGACACCGGCCUAGAGGUGAUCAACGCCACCACCGGCAAGGACGAUAUGGGCAGAGCCUCACGUCUUUGCAAGCAUGCCCUUUAUAGCCGAUGGGUGCGCCUACACUCUAAGCUGUCAUCUGUGUUGCGGAUCAAAGUGCCGAAGCCGUCUUCCUACCACGACGCCAAGCAGGCAGCGCUAGAGUACCACUCGGCCAAGCAGGCACUCAUCAAGGCCUUCCACAAGGCGGGUUUGGGGGCUUGGGUCAAAAAGCCAAGCGAGCAAGACCAAUUCACACUUGGCUCCUGAGGGAUCUCCGCGCCUCGGAAUCCUACUCGUGUUAGCAGCCCACCCACAUUGACCUCCCAUAUAUUUGCACGCACUCGCAGUUGUUAACUCGUGGAAAAUAAUGUGCAUAGUCAAAAAAACACACAAAAAAAACCUCCCACCCCCAUUUGAUCAGGUUCACUCCUUACCGAACUCACCUCAUGAAAAAGUGUGCUUUUAAUUUUUGCUUAUAACAGAUAACUGGAAUCCACAAGUUUUGUUUUUUAUGUCGUAGACGAAGAAAGUGUAUGUUUAUAUUUUGUUCUUAGACAUUUUUAUUAUUGGGGGCAACGCAUGUCAUCAGUUUAGGGUAGCCUAGAUGUGCACGGGCCCUCACUAUUGACCUCAAGAUUUAGAGAAAAGUUGUAUAUUUAAACAUGCUGCGAAAAGAAAUCUAAUAGUAACCUGUAGUCGUCAUUUUAAUCUUUAAUAUUAGAGUCGAUUUUCUUUUUCAUUUCUGACAUGAA